UGAAGAUGGCGGCAGCGGCCGGGGUCGCGCCGGGCAGCAGCAGCAGCGGCGGCGGCGGCGGCAGCUCCGUCAGUUCGGCCCCGCCGGCGGCGGUGGAGGCCGUGGCUGCGGAGUGGAUGCUGGAGUUCGCCUGCUCCUGCCUGUGCCGGCACUUCGCGGAGCAGAGCGGGGCGGAGUUCUGGCGAUGGAGGGACGUUGCGCAGGCUCUUAUUAAUGGCCUCUCCCAAAUACCUCCACAUCAGAAAAAAACAGUAUAUCUCUGUCAGCUUUUGAUAAGAACUGCACAAGGAAAAAGCCUUGGAUUACAUUUUGAAAAUGAUCAAAGAUUUUCACCUUUGGAAUCUGCUCUGUCUUUUUGGACUUUACUUGAAAAGGAAGAAAUUAAACUGGAAAAGCUUCAUGAAGAUAUUCGUCGCUUGAUUCAAAUUCAGAUUGUAGCAGUCUAUAUGGAAAACAGAUAUUUCAAGGAAGCUGCUGAAGUUCUUGAAAGGCUGUUUACAGACUCUGAAUCAGAUAAGCCUUUAAGGGUGAAGCUGGCAACCAUAAUUAAAAUCAAGGAUCCAUAUGUUCCUCUUCUCCAAAACUUCAGUUACAGUCUUUUGAUAAGUAAAAUCAAGUCUUACAUUGAACUUUUCAUGAAAGAAAAUGAAACUAACUUCUUAAUACAGGAAGCCACAAAACAGGUGGCGUCUAAAGGGUUGGAAGCAACAGCAUGGCAAAACAGACCUCUGGAAGUCAAUGAAAAUGACAAAAGUGAUUUGGAAACAAAGCAAAGAUUGAUAAAAGAGGAACAGUGUAUCACAAGUCAGUCAUCCGGAGACAUAAAAAACCCCACACUAAGGAGACAUUUGGGACAGAAACCCAAAGAGAGCAGAGUUCUUCAGAAUCUUAACAACAUGAAAAAUGUGGAAAAAAAUGGAGUUUCUUUGGCUUGUAGCCGAAAAAGACAGCGAUGGACUUGCCAAGAAGACUUGGAGCUGAAAUCAGGAGUGAGGGAGUUCGGAGUGGGUAACUGGGCUAAAAUUUUGGCCCGUGGUAACUUCAACAACCGAACAAGUGUCAUGUUGAAAGACCGGUGGAGAACAUUGAGCAAGAUUGGACAAGGCUGAUUUGGACUGCUUGACCUUUCCCUAUGUAAGGACCUACUCUAUCUCUUAUUUUAGUCUCAGCACGGACAGCAGUGUUGCUGUCCUAAAACAGGAAACACAAUAGUAAUAGGUGUAACACAGUCAUGUAACCUCACUUGCUCUGGUAAUGAUGACUUAAACGUAAAGUCUGGCCUUUUAGCUACAUGCAAUAAUAAACUACCUAGAUUCUGAAAUGGGACAAUGUUUGCAGUGAUUUAAGAAAGGUCUCUUAUGUAAAUAGGAAUAUUAGAGCUGACUGGCAACAUCAUUAGCUUGAUAGAGGCUAAUACAAAGUCAAGUGUUCUGUAUUUUUAAAGGGCUGUAUCUCUUUUUAGAUUGACCUUUUCAUAAUUUUACUUCCUUCCAUAUAACCCAUUUUAAUUUGUUUUGCUUCACUUUGAAAUUUUGGUCAGACUUGUACAUCUCUGUUGUACCAAAAAGUAUGUAUUAGUACUGCUAAUUUUAUGACCUGAUAGUUUGCUGGGGUUUUUUUUCUGCUGUUUAAAAUGUGUAAAUUCAUAUAAUGUUGUACUUGCAAGUAACAAAGUUACUGGUUUAUUUGUUUGGGUUUUUUUUUUUCACAUGGAAAGGAACAGGCUUAUAUUAGCACUUAGCAUUCUUGAUUAUCUUGUGCCACCUGCCUUGUGACAAAUGACUUCUUCCAGACCAGCAGGAAAGGGAAAGCUCAAAAACACAUGGCUGAAGUGGGACUCAAUAAUGAGCCUACAGUGUCACUGAUAGCACAGCUCAUGGGACACAUCUCAUCUGCGCUCUCCACUGUCCCUGUCUGCGAUGGCAGCAAGCGAAGAUACACUUUGAUUGGGGUCACUAUCAAGGUAUCUACUGGCCACUGCAGCUGUCUUGCUCAUGGGAGAGUGGAACAGAUGGAUGAUGGCACUGUCCUGUCUCUCUGGAUUCAGAUCAUUUGGAAGGGAUUUCCACAAUCUCAGAAAACUCAUGCUUUCCACUGUCAUGCUGGUGUGAAUCUAGUGACUUGAACUAACAUAAUACAGCAUUCUUUUAAAAAUGAAAUUCCUUGAAUUCAGUUUUCUUUUUUCUUGGCUAAGGUUUUUAUUUUCCAAGAACCUUACAAGGAAAAGCACCUGUCUGAAUUGGUCAUAAUAAAACAAAGCUCUCCAAGAUAAUUUUCCCCAUGACAAAAGAAAACAUAUAUUCUUGAAGGUUGAAGUGUUCAGGAAGUAUUAAGAUAAUCUCUCUGCUUUCUGUUUUGGAGGCCUGCUUUCAUUAAGAUAAAAUGGUAAAAUACAUUUCAAAGGUUUGUUUCACACUGUGGACAGGACCUCAACCAGAUCACCUUCUUCAUUCUUGCCAAGACACACUGGUUUCUUCAGCAGGUGCUAGAAACAGUACCAAGCAGGAGUCUUUAUGUUGCAUUGAGAUGCUGCAUAUCUUAACACGGUAUUUUCUCAACCUGCAUAGCAGUCUUGCCAGUGCUCAGAUGUUGCAGGUUUCCAUGUUAAUCAUUGUAGAUGAGCAUUUUAACUAGUAGUUUUUUUACUCUUAGCCAAGGCCUUAGUCACAAAGUGUUGUUUAAGUUCAUCUGCCAGGAAAGUCACACUGUGUAUUAGUGACAUCAAGUGCUGAGGAGAUCAGUUCCUUAACAAUGCUGACUAGAUACAUGUCUUCAUGAAGGUGGCUGAAUAUGAAAGGAAGGAUAGAGGAAGGAUACUCAUGCAGUUACAGUGUAAAAAAUUGUCUAGAUGGUACCGGAGAGGAACAAAAGACCUAAACUGAAAUAAAUUUUAGCUCUCAAAAAUUUCAUUUUUAUUCACCCUUGCUAUUAAAUGUUGACAGUAACUAUUCUCAGACUUG